AUGGGUGAGGAGUCAGAUAGUGAUUCAAUGAGUGAGUCUGAAGAGAGUCUGGAUGACUCUGAAGUUGAAACUAGUAAGAAAAGAAAACAUGUGAGAACCAAGCCUUCCUCCUCGAAGGGUAAGAAAAAAUCUAAAGAUAAAGCUCUCCAAAUUAGCUCCUCCUUGGAGGAAGAGGUCUCUGAGGAUUCUGAGAAGGAGGAAUCCCGGUCUCCUUGGAAUGAGAAAACCAAAAUUUCAAUUCAGACAAGGAACAAACAGAAGAAACAGGAAGUCAAUGUUAAGGAGCUGAAGGAACAAGUGCAGAGAAAGAAUCCGGAUUUCGACCAUAAUUUGGAGGAGGAGACCUUUGGGGAAGGUUUUGAACUGAGAAUAGAUGGAAAAGUUGGUAAAAUCAUUGUUGGAGACAUCUCCAACAAGGAAAAGGACAACUCUGGUGAGAAAUCACCCUCCUCAAAUCCUCCUCCUGAGGGUUUGAAGGGCUUUAUGGACACUAUUGAUUGGAUAAUUACCAGUUACAAGAAAGCUGUGGAGGAUAAUAAGAAGCUCAACCACAGAGUCCAAAUCCUGGAGACUAUUAGUUUUGGCAGAGGCAAAUCUAUGGCAGAACAGGUCUCAGCUGGCAAUACAAAAAUCCUCAUCAGCAAGCUGGAGGAGGAGAAGGACUCCCUGGAGAUUGAACUUGACAUUGAAGGCACGGGAGAAGUGCAAGGAGCAGAGGAUGUUUUGAAUGAGUAA